AUGCUCGGUUUGAAGGCUUAUAACUGGACGCUGGAGUCGCCACUCAGAGGAACGCUUCGGACCACACUCAAGGCUAACCGUUCCGCUUCUUGGCUAAACAAGGCUCUCGUCCUCGAAGCAUAUGAGUACCUUUUCCGGUCGCCCUCACGCAGCAUAAACAUCACCCUGAAACCUUGGCUUCGCGAGCAUAGUAGGCGCGGGAGUGCGGCCGCGGAAUCCGUUACGUCCGAGGGAGCCGAGAGAACCGGAGGAGCCGAGGGAGCCGAGGGAGCCGAGAGAACCGGAGGAGCCGAGGCAGCCGAGAGAGAGACAAGGGUGAGUCGAAGAAGAGCAGUCUGGGAGCCGAGAGGGAGCCAUUGGGGAGCCGUAACGUCCGAGGGAGCCGAGGAGAAGCCGAGGGAGGCGAGGGAGCCGAGAGACAAGGGAGCCGAGGAGGAGCCGAGGGAUGCGAGGGAGCCGAGAGACAAGGGUGAGUCGAAGAAGAGCAGUCUGGGAGCCGAGAGGGAGCCAUUGGGGAGCCGUUACGUCCGAGGGAGCCGAGGGAGAGACAAGGGUGAGUCGAAGGAGAGCAGUCUGGGAGCCGAGAGGGAGCCAUUGGGGAGCCGUUACGUCCGAGGGAGCCGAGAGAGAGACAAGGGUGAGUCGAAGGAGAGCAGUCUGGGAGCCGAGAGGGAGCCAUUGGGGAGCCGUUACGUCCGAGGGAGCCGAGAGAGAGACAAGGGUGAGUCGAAGGAGAGCAGUCUGGGAGCCGAGAGGGAGCCAUUGGGGAGCCGUUACGUCCGAGGGAGCCGAGAGAGAGACAAGGGUGAGUCGAAGGAGAGCAGUCUGGGAGCCGAGAGGGAGCCAUUGGAGAGCCGUUACGUCCGAGGGAGCCGAGGGAGAGACAAGGGUGAGUCGAAGGAGAGCAGUCUGGGAGCCGAGAGGGAGCCAUUGGAGAGCCGUUACGUCCGAGGGAGCCGAGGAGGAGCCGAGGGAGGCGAGGGAGCCGAGAGAGAGACAAGGGUGAGUCGAAGGAGAGACAAGGGUGAGUCGAAGGAGAGCCGAGAGGGAGCCAUUGGGGAGCCGUUACGUCCAAGGGAGCCGAGAGAACCGGAGAAGCCGAGGAGGAGCCGAGGGAUCCGAGGGCGAGCAAAGAAAAAAAUAAAAACUGGCAACUCAUCCCAGGCUCUGGAGUACUUCGAUUCGCCAAAUUUCUUCUGA